UGUGCCUCAUUCAGCAGGUUCAACGUCAUCUCACAUUGGUCAUGAGGAGGUGAUCCACUACAAAUAAAGAUGUUCUGGUGGAACCACAGUAUGUUUCACAUCAGUUGGUGCUUCUCUGUCAGUGUUCCUGUUGUUUGGUUGGUGCUGCCCUUGAAUGGAAGUCAUGAAUAACUAUAUGAAUGGGGACGCCAACGGCAGCUACACUAGCACCUGCAACUCUGUAGCGACCGACAUAAAAAAGGGAUUGAAACUGGACAAGGCAAACCAAUCCAACAGGGACAUACAUGAGCAAGAAAAAGCAAAUGCCUUAGAGAAAGCCUACAGUACCAUCCUCAGGGAACUGGGAGAGAAUCCAGAGAGGGAAGGUCUUCUCCUGACUCCCAGCAGGGCGGCCAAAGCAAUGCAGUUCUUCACUAAGGGAUACAAGGAAACGAUUUAUGAUGUAAUGAACAAUGCAGUGUUUGAUGAGGACCAUGAUGAGAUUGUGAUUGUGAAGGACAUUGACAUUUUCUCACUAUGUGAACAUCACCUGGUUCCAUUUUUUGGCAAAGUGCACAUUGGCUACAUACCAAACAAGAAGGUCGUUGGACUGAGCAAACUGGCAAGGAUUGUUGAAAUUUACAGCCGGCGGCUACAAGUUCAGGAGAGGCUCACUAAACAGAUUGCCUUCGCUAUUAUUGAGGCUCUGCAGCCCGUGGGAGUAGCUGUUGUCAUGGAAGCUUCACACAUGUGCAUGGUUAUGAGAGGAGUGCAGAAGAUAAACAGCCGCACCAUAACCAGCACGAUGCAUGGAGUAUUCCUGGAAGAUCCCAAGACCAGGGAAGAAUUCCUCUCUCUCAUUAAGAAGUAACACAGAACUAGCUCGGGAUUUGCCAUUUAUUUCAAUGAUCCUGCAGGGUUAAAUCGUUUCACAUAUUGGUGCUGACAAUCAUCACGUGUUUCAAUGUACAUGAUUAUAAAGGAAACCAUUAAAAGGUUUUUUUGGAAAACA